AUGGCUGAUUUUAGCGAGAAAUCACAAGUAGCUACUGAUCACGAAUCACUCAGUACUACAUUGAAUGAAGAGUAUGAUAACGCCCUUAAAUUCCUAGUAACACGGAAACUAGACUUUGCAAUCUUGCCAAUAUUAUGUUGCAUCUACUUCUUACAAUUCCUCGAUAAGACAUUGUUGAAUUACGCUGCUGCUAUGGGUAUCAAAGCGAAUCUUGUUGGUAACCAAUUCGCCAACUUAUCCACAAUUUUUUAUGCUGCUUAUAUCUUUGGUGAGCCAAUAAUUUCAUACUUGUUACAAAAAUUCCCCCUUUCCAAAGCUCUUGGUACUUUUAUUAUUUUAUGGGGUAUAGUCGUGGCUUGUCACUCCGCAUGCUCCACAUAUGCUUCUUUGAUGAUUGUACGUACCCUAUUAGGUAUUUUUGAAUCAUCUUCGGCAGUGGGGUUAAUUAUUAUUAGUGGAAUGUACUACAGCAAACCUCAGCAAGUAGCUAGAAUGGGCAUUUGGUCAGUUAUGGCAGGUACUGCUACUAUUGUCGGUGGUCUUUUGUCAUUUGCAUUCCAACAUGUUCAUACCGAGACAUUCAAAUCUUGGCAAAUCUUAUUCUUAGUCAUGGGUUUAAUUACCGUUGUCUUUGGUAUAUUCACUUUAUUUUACUUACCUGAUAAUGUUCAUACUGCUUGGUUCUUAAAUGAAGAUGAAAAGUUGCAUGUCUUGGAAGUUGUCCGUCAGAACCAAACAGGUACGAAAACUUCCAAGUUCAAAAAACAUCAAAUUGUGGAAUUAUUAUUUAAGGAUAAGUUUACCUGGUGGUAUAUGUUGUUGACCAUUUGUUCCCAAAUUGUUACUGGUGCUAUUGGUACAUUUAGUGUCACCAUUACUUUAUCUUUUGGGUUCGAUAACUACGAAUCUGCUUUGUUACAAUUGCCAGUAGGUGCCCUUAUCAUUAUCAUUAUUUUGACUGCCACUCAACUAGUUCGUCAUUUUGGUCAUAUUACUUAUAUUGCAGUCUCCAUGUUCAUUCCUACUAUAAUCGGUGCCAUUGUCUUGUUAUGUAACCCUAAUCGAGUUGGUAAUUUAUUAGCCAUGUAUUUGUUAUACAGUGGUUCAUCAGUGAUUACCUUGAUUUAUGCCUGGAUUAGUGCCAAUACUGCUGGUACUUCCAAGAAAUUCUUUAGAAGCGCAAUGACAAUGAUUGGAUUUUCAGUUGCUUGCAUUAUUGGACCACAAUUAUUCCAAGCUUACAGUGCUCCAGGUUAUCACCCAGCUAAGAUUGUUAUUUUGGUGACACAAUGUGCUUGUGUUCCGAUCACUUUGGCUAUUGGUUGGUUAUGUAAGAAAGAGAAUGAAAAGAGAGAUGCUGAACCAGUACAAGAGUUGCCAGAAAACUUUGAGUUUUUGGAUUUAACCGACAUGGAGAACAAACAUUUCAGGUAUACAUUUUAACAGUCAUAGCUAUUCAUUUCUAUGUAAAUAUAUUAAUAAUCAAUUCCAAUUUGUGU